GGAAGGCGUGUUGCAGUCGGUCACUUAUUUUUGUUCUUUCGAUUGAGAUGAGAACCACGCGACUAUAUUGAAGCCAGUUCGUUGCAGGUGAACAUCGAAGUGAAUGGCAUCCUCAUGAAAGAGUGAUUAUCUCCGAGUGAGAGUUCUUCAAGCUCUUGUAGUUUUAACAGCAAGGGUCACUGACACUGCUACAACUGGAGCUACGAGCACGGUAAUUGAAGAAGAAUUUCGCCCAGUAUCGGACAGAGGAACUGAACAAGAAGUAGAAGCACGAGGGUGAUGUCCGUCAAGGUCUAAUUUGCAUAUGACAGGAAAAAAGUGAAACGCAAACCCACACGCUAUCUUCGCUAACUAGAUUUAACCGCACCCACACAUCUUAGUCGGUUGUUAGGACCACUUGAUUAGGCUUGUUGUUGUUUGUUCCCACUGGAUUUCACUAUCACACGACGAACACUAUCCCGUCAAGGAUCGCUAUUUAUUUUCCGAAAAAAUCCUCCUGAUCGGCUUCAUCGGCACUGUCACACAUCAAGAAAACAUCAAACACUCGUGACAAUGUCAAUGGCCCUGCGCGAUAAGUCCAGAAAGACUUGCGGACCGAUCGGUGCCGUAGUUGUCUCGUCCUUCAUCUUCCUAACCGUAACUGUUCACGCCGACGGAACCUCGGGAAAAAAUCCACCCGAUGAGAAAAUUUACCGCUUGCAGCUGCAAAAGUGCCGCCACCACGACGGCUUUUCCAUUCACGGGCUGUGGCCGGAAUGGGCGGAGUUCUGCGACGGGGAAAAGUUUGACAUGGAGAAUAUGAGAGUGCACAACUCCCCCUCCACCUCGUUUGUAUGGCAUAAACAGCACUGGAGCCGCCUGCAAGAGUGCAGCUUUUGCAUGGCAAAUUUUCACAGGACUGUAGUGGUGUUUCGGCAGCUAUCAGAAUCUGUCAUGCAGACAGUGCCACAAGGCAGCGACUGGAUUUGGCAUUUUGCAUGACAAAUGAAUGGGAGGGGGUGGAGUUGUGCACUCUCAUAAAGAAAGUCAAGGAUUUAGUUCCGAAAAUGGACCACGAGUGGUUUAGCUGCGCAAAACAAGAAGCAUCUUCUCGCGGUCGCAGCUACAGUUCCUUCCGAGGCACGACCAGCAAUACCGAGACCACAGUGACGAAAAACCAGGAUGACAAAAAUGAUUGGUUUUGGACGCACGAGUGGAAGCGGCACGGAACCUGCAGCGAGUUCGACGAACACACGUACUUCCAAACCGCACUGCAACUUUUCGAACAAUUUUCCCCCAAAUGCGACCAGACCGAGAACUUGUGCCACUUUUGUUUGAUGCAGAACGGUCGUGCUGACAGUUCUAGCAAAAACAAGCCUGCUGGUUCGUGGGUCGAGACGAAGUGUCCGUACUGGCGCGGCGGAAAAAGCGAUAAGUUGUCUUCUGCACAUGAUCACCAGCAGGAUAAUUCCUACCACACUUCCUCGUCCUAUUACAACACGAUUUACGAAAAUGGGUCGCUGUUUGAUCGUUUUCUCCAUGGCGUGAAGCGGAUCUUCGGCGGCAGCAGUACCGCGGAAAACGAAAAUCAACAUGAGCAUGACGGUAAAAAUAGUAGGCCGCGUGAAGAUGCUAGUACCUCUUCUACUCGUGCUGUGGUGCAACUUGAUAUCGAGUUCGAGAACAAAGCUAGGAGCGCCGUUUUUGCAUCAUCUUCCAAAUCUGUUGAAUCUGAUCAGAAGACGGUGACGCACACGAAGAGCGCGACUGGUGGUAGUUCCAGCGAAGUGUAUUCGUAGAAGCAGUUCGAAACAAGGACUAUUACAUACUGGAACUGCACUAGCUGCAGAACUAAGACUCUUUAGCAUGUAGAUCAUUUCAAUUUGCAUAGAGAAGCAUAACCUUUGAUGACGUAUCGAAUUCCCAUUCUUGCAGAAUAUAUUGAGGAAGCCUGCUACGCAUUUGUACUCCCCGAAAUCUUCGCGUUUGCGUUUAUGUUUGUAGAUUUGAUUUUGUUGAUUUUCCAACUUGCAUUUUCGCAGUACUACAACUUGUGUUUUGCAGGAAGAAUUCGGCGUGAAAGACGUGAAGAUGUUUUCGCAGUUUUUCAGAGUUUUCACAUUCGCAUCCCAGUCGCAGGUCGUAAGUAGCUACCUGAUCUCGUCGUCCUGCCCUUGAUAAUUGACUUAUUGAGACAGCUCAGCUGCUGAUGAUGUUCUUCGCAAACGGAGAUGAUCCUCCUCGUGCCAAUCAAAAACUCGUGUAGUAUAAUCAGUUUCGCUGUCGUUCGUUUGGUGAGAAGCAAAUAGAGACUUCACAGCUCUGAACGCCC